AUGUUGUGUUCUCAUGUUGUGUUCUCAUAUUCCAAUCUGUUUAUUCUUGUACUAACUUCAGCCCUUGCUAGAGCUACGCCUAGAUUCUCUCCUCUCCUUGUGAGACACCUGUCCACAAUCAAGGUCAGCCAUGAGCAGGAACAAGAGCUUCUUGUUGCUCAAAGAAAAAACAGACCAGUGUCUCCUCACUUGGACAUCUAUAAGCCCCAGCUCACCUGGUUGUUGUCUGGUCUUCACAGACUCACCGGUGUAGGUAUGGCAGGUGCCUUUUACGGUUUGACCGUCACUUACGCGGCCACUUCCUUGUUGUCCGUUCCAUUUGACUCGGCUUCCAUCGUUACUGCAUUUGCUUCGUUGCCUUUUGCCGCCAAACUUGGUGCUAAAAUCGCAAUGGCAUACCCUUUUGCUUUCCAUUUCUUCAAUGGUAUCAGACACUUGGUGUGGGAUUUUGGAAAGGAAUUGACCAUUCCUGGUGUCUACAGAACAGGAUACCUCGUGUUGGCCGGUACUGCUUUGCUCGGUAGUUACUUUGCCUUUUUCUAG